AUGUACGGACUGCAUAACGCCAACCUCGAGAAGAAGCUUGCGCGUGUAGCCGAGAUCGUUCAGCAGGCCUACUACGACUUCCGCGAGAACACUUGGGUUCAACCUGUGAUCAAGAUCCACGAUCGUAACGACGCUCUAGUCAUUUACGACGAGUCCAAGAGCGAGAAGAAGAAGUUCUUCGUCGACUUUCCGCAUCAUCUUGUUACAAACGUUCGUUGUAAGAAGGCACUGCUUUGCGCAUGGUCAUGUAAUGAGCCGACGGCUUGGUUACAUGAUACUCUUGUUGGUCUACUCGAAGGACUGAACAUCAAGGUCGAUGAGGUUCUCGCCACGCUAGGAACUGUCCCGCGAAAGAUCAUCUUUCACGAUAGACUUGGUAAAAUCGACAACCUGACCUGGCCCUAUUGCGACCACAAGAUCAUCCGCGUUACCGCGACAAAGACCAAGAAGCAGUGGAUCAUGGACAUCACCGGCGCUCAAUUUGGGAUUUAUCAGACCUUCUGGAGUUGGGAAGAAUAUACGAACAAGUAUCUUACGAAGACGCACGACGUGGAUCCUAUCGGCGACAACAAAGCUAUGUUCGAGAAGCUUGCCAAGAACCCCGGUAACCCAGGUCUGGAACACAGACUGAUGAGGAUGGUAGCAGACCAUCUUGACGAAGUCGUGCACGGGUGGAAAGCUAAAAGCGGCUUGUCACUCGCGGCUCUCCUUGACCUCAACAAAGAGACGUAUGAGCAGGCUAGCUCAGAGCUACUACAGACCAUGAAUGUCGCGAUCCGCGCUCACGUUAAGACCCAUGACUACAAAGCGGAGUUCCAGGCUGCCCAAGCUUACGAACGCGAGCAUCACGGUGAAGGCUACAGGGUCGACCUCUAA